UAAUGCCAAGGAGAGCCUAUAUAAGGCGAGCGUUUUCCAACCUUCUUCAUUUGUGUUAAUCCGUAUCCGAAAUACAUAUUUUUUGAAACAGAGGUGGACAUUUAUGAUUAUGAAGAUAUUAACUCUUUGUUACGCUUGCGCGUUAUUUGUUUUUGCAACUGCAGAGCAGCAGCAGCAGCAGCCUCAAUGCAACCCCCCUUGCUCAACAGGUGAUAAAUGUGUGCUUCAAAGAGUGCAGUGUGUCAGGUUUCCCUGCGAUCCAGUUCCCGUGUGUGUCAAGGAUCCUUGUAACGGUUGCAAAGGUCUUUGCACCUCGGAAGACACUUGUGGAACGCCAUGUGACGUGAGAAGUUUUUGCCUCCCACCGCCGCCACCAACAGGAUGUGCGGCAAUGCUGUGUGCCGUGGGCCACAGGUGUGUGGAGGGUCCAGAUGGACAAGGGAAGUGUGUGCCUUCCUGCGCGCUGAUUGACUGUCAACCUGGAUAUGACUGUACUGAAGGUCCCCUUGGCGGGAAAUGUGUUCCGGUAACGUGUAAGGUGACCGGUUGUCCGAAAGGAGAAAAGUGCGUAUCGUCGAAUAUCUCCGGGUACAGAUGUGUGUCCACGUGUGUUAUCCGAAAUUGCGCUGAGAACCAGGUAUGCCGCGACACGCCGAUUGGAGCAGUGUGCGACGAUGCCGAAUCCUGUGAUCAAGUCACGUGCAACCCAGGACGACGCUGUGUUGGCGGUCCAUUUGGCAGGGUCAGGUGUGUCGACACAUGCGCGACCAAGCGCUGUAUGCCCGGUUUUAAGUGUGUAGAGUCCCCAUUCGGAGCGCACUGUGUUGCUUUAACGUGCAGAGACCUGACAUGUAGGCCAUAUGAGAGAUGUGUGCAGCUUUCAACUGGAGCAAAAUGUGUUGGAACUUGCGCUGUAAGUAUUCAAGGGUAUAUAAAACACCACACAGCAUAUAAAACAACUUUGAGCCACUUGUCUCUUUAACGUAUUGGUUUGUCAGUAAUAGUAUAGAAGCUGAGAAAUUGUCGAUUUGGCUUUCUAGUCUAAACCUUACAUAGAUAAUUGAAGUAUGUAAAUGAUGGGUUGUUCUUGUCUCGCGU